GUUAAACAACUCUCAAUCAUAGCUGCACACACCUGUUGUACACAUUAUCUUAAUACUGUUACGUUAUAACCUUCUGUAAUAUAUUUGCACUCCUCUUCGCCCGCGGCCCUUAUAGCACCUUCUUUUCUCUGAUAAGUAUAAGUGUAGUGCUCUCUAGUGCGUGAUAUUUGUAGUUCGGAGAGUUCAGCUCAGUGUCGGUGGAAACUUUGUCAGUUUGUGGUGCUCAGUGCCCAAGUCCGCUACCGCGGUUUUGAGGCGGGAUGGUAAGAAGAAGUUAAUGCGUCUAUCAAGGGGGAACAAAAGAAAUGAUUUGUCCGGGGGGCUACUACGGAUUAUAUUGUUGUGCACGUUUUGUUUAGUAGCUGCUGCUCCUCACAAGAGGGUCCCACGCACCCAGUCGGCAAAUGUUAAAGCUGUCGAUGGAAAUCAGGCUGGUGAACCGGUGCCUGCAGUUGUGAAACCUGCUGUCCCCGAAAAUCAGAAAGCUGCCGUUGUCGACCAGAGUAAGGCGGAUGUCGCGAAAGAUACGGCCCAAAAACCUUCCACACCAAAUGGUGACAAUAACAACAAAGAGGCUAAUGCUGGUUCUGGUGAUGAGAAACAACUUAAAACGGACACCGAGUCUAAAGACGGCGCUGAUUCAAAAAAGGAAGUGAAGUCGCAGGAAAAUGAAAAGGGCUCAGAUUCUGCUAAACCAGAACCCGACACAGAACCUGAAGAUGAUAAACCUCAUCCCAGUGUGGUUGUCAACAAGACGAACCUUCAAGAGAUGACGGUGGUCAAAACUGAUGGUGCAGCAAAAUCUGAUAGUGACAAAACUGAUGGUGCAGCGAAAUCGGAUGGUGACAAAACUGAUAGUGUAGCAAAAUCUGAUAGUGUCAAAACUGAUGAUGCAGCAAAAUCUAGUGGCGGUGACAAAACUGAUGAUGCAGCAAAAUCUGAUAGUGUCAAAACUGAUGGUGCAGCAGAAUCUGAUAGUGUCAAAACUGAUGGUGCAGCAGAAUCUGAUAGUGUCAAAACUGAUGGUGCAGCAGAAUCUGGUGGCGGUGAAAAAACUGAUGAUGCUGCAAAAUCUGAUAGUGUCAAAACUGAUGGUGCAGCAAAAUCUGAUAGUGUAAAAACUGAUGGUGCAACGAAAUCUGACAGUGUCAAAACUGAUGGUGCAGCAAAAUCUAGUGGCAGUGACAAAACUGAUGACGCAGCAAAAUCGAGUGGUGGUGACAAAUUUGAUGAUGCAGCAAAAUCGAGUGGUGGUGACAAAUCUGAUGAUGCAGCAAAAUCGAGUGGUGGUGACAAAUCUGAUGGUGCAGCAAAACCUAGUGGUGGUGAAAAAACUGAUGGUGCAGCAAAAACUAGUGGUGUUGUCAAAACUGAUGAUGCUGCAAAAUCAGGUGCUGGCGACAAAAAUUCUGAUGAAGACAAAUCUAGUGAUGAUGCAGAGAAAUCAAGUGACGGCGAGGAAACGAAAGAUGCUGGUAAAAACAGUGAAGUUGUAUCCGUGAGCGAAGAUGAACUGAAGAAGAAUCCAGCAUUCGAUGUCAACAAACUGUUUCCAACAAAACCUCCUCCCCAACCCGCCGAUCAUAAGAAGGUUGAAACUGAGUUGCUGAAGGAAGAACCUGUUGUAGUCCUGGACAAUACGGCCGAUAAAGCAUCUGAAACAAAGGCCGUUGAAGGAAAUUCAACCGAUAAGAGCGAGAAUACCGAAGCUGAUAAAACAGUUGAAAAGCAAACAGACAAAGAUGAAUCAGAUGACAAAGAUUCUAACAAAAUCGUUAACUUUGAUGUCUCAAAAGGUUCGUCUGCAGAUAAAGAGGUUAAAUCUGAUGAUACUGCCAAUAAAACUGCAGAUGCUUCUAAAACUGCAGAUGCUUCUAAAACUGCAGAUGCUUCUAAAACUGCAGAUGCUUCUAAAACUGCAGAUGCUUCUAAAACUGCAGAUGCUUCUAAAACUGCAGAUGCUUCUAAAACUGCAGAUGCUUCUAAAACUGCAGAUGCUUCUAAAACUGCAGAUGCUUCUAAAACUGCAGAUGCUUCUAAAACUGCAGAUGCUUCUAAAACUGCAGAUGCUUCUAAAACUGCAGAUGCUUCUAAAACUGCAGAUGCUUCUAAAACUGCAGAUGCUUCUAAAACUGCAGAUGCUUCUAAAACUGCAGAUGCUUCUAAAACUGCAGAUGCUUCUAAAACUGCAGAUGCUUCUAAAACUGCAGAUGCUUCUAAAACUGCAGAUGCUUCUAAAACUGCAGAUGCUUCUAAAACUGCAGAUGCUUCUAAAACUGCAGAUGCUUCUCAAACUGCAGAUGCUUCUCAAACUGCAGAUGCUUCUCAAACUGCAGAUGCUUCUCAAACUGCAGAUGCUUCUAAAGAUUCUUCAACAAAUGGAGAUGUUGCUAAAACGGGGGCUGAUUCUAAGGCUGUUCAUUCAUCUUAAAAUUGGGUUAGUAAAGAUUCCACUCUAACUUAGGCUGCCUCAAGUUGGGAAGUCCUCUGUUGACAAGGUUAAAUGUAAUCUGAAUCAGAUGAUUAUUAUAGUGAAUGACAAUAUAAAGUCCAAAGAGGACAUUUUACGGGUUUUUUGUGAUCACUCACCUUGUCUUAUAAUGACAUUUGUAAAUUGUGUUGUAUUUCCCUUGGUAAUUUUAAAUCCCUGAUUCAUGCUUUUAAACAAACAAGAUGAGCCCUCAGUACAGGGUACCUACUUCAAGCAUGGUGUUUGAUUUUUAUUAUAUUGAUUGACCUCCUUUUUACUAUCAAAUGUAAGAAUUUUUCUUUUAAAAUGGUGUAAAUUUCUUUUAAAAUAGUGUAAAUCUCUUUUUAGCGAAACUUUAACUGAUGAAAUAGGUCUUUAAAAAAAUUUGUGACUA